AUGGCUGGUUUCUUCAGAAUAGUGGAAAUGUUACGAAAAUCAUAUGGAAAACCGUACGCGCACAAAAGUAAACAGCGUUUCAAGAAGUUCAGCAAAACGAAGAAUUCUAAGAAGGAGGAAGAAAGGUUGGAGAUGGAGUCGAUUGCGAAUACAUCCCUAUUCAAAUUGUUCACUGAUUUUCCUCUCUCAAGUAAAACUCUUAGAGGACUGAACGAGUGUGAAUAUGUUGAACCUACUGACAUACAGAGAGAAUCGCUACCGUUUUCCCUUAGCGGAUCCGAUCUUGUUGGUGCGGCUAAAACUGGAAGCGGGAAAACUCUUGCACUUAUCAUACCGGUACUGGAAUGUCUUUGGAGAUCAGGAUGGUCCAAUUAUUGCGGUCUUGGAGCUCUAAUAAUCUCUCCUACAAGGGAGCUUGCUUUACAAACGUUUACUGUGAUCAAUCAUGUAGGGAAGUAUCAUGACUUUUCAUGUGCGUUAUUAAUUGGAGGAACUGAUGUUGAUUUCGAGAGGAAUCGUAUCGGUCGAGUAAACAUUAUAAUAUGUACUCCUGGUCGAUUGUUACAACAUAUGGACGAAAAUGAGCAUUUGUCAUGCGAUCAACUACAGAUAUUAAUAAUCGAUGAAGCAGAUCGCAUUCUUGAUAUGGGGUUCAGUCAGCAGAUGAACGCGAUUGUCGCCAACUUACCACGUGAUCGGCAAACACUGCUGUUUUCUGCUACUCAAACUCGUAAUGUUAAAGACCUCAGCCGAGUGUGUACAAAGGAUCCCGUGUUGGUUUCGGCUCAUGAACGUUGUGUUCAUGCAACACCUGAUGGUUUGAGACAGUCAUAUAUGGUCUGUGAAGAGCAGGAUAAAGUCAACAUAAUGUGGUCUUUCAUAGUUAAUCAUAAGAAGUUCAAAAUUAUUAUAUUCGUCUCAUGUUGUAAGCAGGCACGGUUUCUAACUGGUGCGUUUUGUCACCUUAGGCCCGGUGUUCCAAUUAUGGGUUUGUGGGGCACAAUGAACCAGAAGAAACGUGUUGAUGUAUUUCAAAAGUUCGAGAAUAAAGAGGCAGCCGUUAUGAUUGCAACCGAUGUGGCCAGUCGAGGAUUGGAUUUUUCUGGCGUAGACUGGGUUGUUCAAGUUGACUGUCCAGCUACAGCUGAGGAUUACAUCCAUAGAGUAGGUCGCACAGCUCGAAUGAAUGAAACCGGUCACGCUGUUUUAUUCCUGACUCCAUCCCAGGAGGAAGGAAUGAUUACAUUGUUGGACAAAGCGAAUAUUCCUUUGAAGAAGCAAAUAGCAAAUCCAACAGCUUUAAUGGAUAUACGCCCGAAAAUGCAAGCGGUCCUCUCUCAGUUCUCCGAGUUGAAUCAGCAUGCUCAAAGGGGUGUUGUUGCCUACCUUCGAAGUGUUUAUACCAUGCGAAAUAAAAAGGUCUUCGACAUCAAUUCUGUAGAUGUCACUGCACUCGCUUUAUCUUACGGACUCGUCACGGUGCCUCGAGUACGGUUCCUUAACAGAAAUAGUGCCAAUGCUAAGGUAAUGUCAAUUAACUUUCUCAACAAGUUGGCACCAAAGGACCAUCGUUUUGCUUUCAAGGACAAGAAAGACAAGAAGGCGAAGAACGAAAAACUUUACGUAGUAAUCACGAAAUUGGCUGUGGCCAAAAAGCUGUUAAACAAGAAGAUCAAAGUGAAUGUGAAAAAAUUGUUCGAUGAGGACGGGGAAGUUGUUAAGGUAAAGUUCGUAGUUUGUAUAGGUGCGUUAUUAGAAUUUUCGAUGUUUUGCUAG